GUUUGCAUGAUCGACCAUCGACCAUCGACAUGACAUUACCGUGAAUACAGAAGUCACUGAGAUUGAGCCAUUUUACUUCUGCAAAGUAUCUCAUGUAAUGGCUAGAAACGGCCGCGUGGUAAUUUUAGGUGGGGGGAUAUCUGGUCUAGCCUCGGCGUGGCGACUCAGUAAUCGCAUUCAUCCGCGUAAAAUUGUUCUAGUCGAGGGCCAGUCCUCCAUUGGAGGCUGGAUCAAGACAGCCAAAUCUCCAACAGGAAGUUUGUUUGAGAAUGGCCCCCGAAGUGUGCGACCUCAGGGAAAGGCAGGCAUCGCUACGCUUCAGCUUGUAUCUGACGUUGGGUUGGAGAACAGCGUCAUCCCGGUGACGUCCGUACACUCGUAUGCCAAGCGGCGCUAUGUGUACGCGAAGAAUCGCAUGAACGCGUUGCCGACCGCUCCCAGCGUGUCUGUUCUUCUCAAGAGACAGGAACCAUUCGAACGUUCCUUUGCGCGGGCAGGCGUCAAGGAUUUGUUUAGUUUCCGUGGUACUGGUCUCAAGUACACUGACCCACCACCAGAUGCGAUUUACCAUUUGUCACGAGGGGAAAGCAUCAACAGCUUCUUUGAGCGACGCUUUGGAGAAGAUAUAGCUCGCUAUGGUGUGGCCGCCAUGUGCCGGGGUGUGUACGCUGGUGACUCCAAACUGCUGUGCCUGCGUUCCUGCUUUCCCUUGUUGUACGACUUGGAGCAGAAGCAUCGGUCUGUCGUCCUGGGCAUGCUGCGACACAAGGCCGAUCCUGUUCCUGCCGAUGCUGCACAACUGGUGAAGAGGUCCCGUGAGGAGAAAUGGCGUAUGUGGACCCUGCAAGAGGGUAUGGAGAGCCUACCGAUCACCCUACAUCAGAAGUUGUUGGAGCGUGGUGUGGAUGUGCGGCUGGGCACUAUGUGCAGUGGAGUGGAAAUGACCGCAAAGGGUGUCCAGGUCCACUGUGGCGAAGAGAUCAUCGAGGCCGAUCAUGUCAUCUCGGCGUUGCCUGCUCAGCAUCUCUCGUCAGUUUUGUCUCCUCAGUUUUCGUUCCUCAAGGAACAGCUGGCAGACAUUCUCAGUGUCACUGUGGCGAUUGUUCAGAUGGAAUUUGAUGGCGACAUCAUACCUGAGAAGUACAAGGGGUUUGGCUACCUAGUGCCGCCGUGUGAAGGUGACUGGGUGCUCGGCGUAGUCCUGGAUAGUUGUUGUUUUCCCGAGCACAACACACCGGGCAAGCCCAACUCAACACGACUCACGGUCAUGAUGGGCGGUCAGUGGUACCAUCAGCUCUUUGCCAAUGAAUCUAACACAGAUGACCUGUUUGUUCACCACGCUACCAAAGCACUAAGAAAUCACCUGGAGAUUACCAAUCCCCGUCCAUCCUUCAUCAACACUACCAUACUCAAGGACUGCAUACCACAGUACUACAUGGGUCACUUCUCACGCAUUGAGGGUAUUUCAGCGUACAUAAAACAGCGGCAGCUCCCUAUCUCACUGAUCGGUUCGUCAUACCGCGGAGUCAGCGUCAACGACUGUAUCCUGGGUGCCAACACUGCGGUUGAUGAGUGGUGCAAGACGCAAGUGUGAUGCCUGUGCCACUACAUCGAUCACGCGUGCCUGCUGAUGGUGACUGGUCGGCGCCUCUACGGCUGCACAAAAUUAUUGGGAGCUAAACCCACCAUCAAAAUUACUAAGGUUUAACAACAGCAGCACCUUCAAGUAAGUGGGCUUGUGGUCCUGUUCUGUCGGUGGUAACCACUUCUAAUAGUGGAGAUGUGUGAAGAUGAAAUGAUCAACUUCUUGACGUCGCACCGCAGUGGCAGCUUGACUGGAGCUUGCUUUUCAUGCAGCGGCUCUAACUAGUCUAUCUCUAUCUCGAGCAGAGCAUGGGGUGGUCGUGGACAAUGCUAGUCCACACAGUAUGGCCACUAGGCUGGAGUAACGUUCACUGAACUGUAGGCGGCAAUGGUUGGCCUAUGGAUCGCCCAAUACCAUUUCAAUUCUAUUCGAGUCCACUCAUAAGAAUUUGUUGGAAUUUAUUCAGCCAUUCUUGCCAUCCCUCUCCCUAAUUUUGUCAUACAUGUACAAUGACUGGCACUUUGGUAUGUAUGCGUGUGUGCGUGUGUGUGUGUGUGUGUGUGUAUGUGUGAAUAUGUGUGUGUGUGUGUGUGUGUGUGUGUGUGUGUGUGUGUGUGUGUGUGUGUGUGUGUGUGUGUGUGUGUGUGUGUGUGUGUGUGUGUGUGUGUGUGAAUGUGUGUGUGUGUGUGAAUGUGUGUGUGUGAAUAUGUGUGCGUGUGUGGGUGUGGGUGUGGGUGUCAAGUCCCAGUGAGGCUGCCACACGGACAUUUCUGGUCAUGAGCAUUGUGUAACUGUGCAGCAGCUGAGCUGCUCACUCCGGACUAUUAUAGGUUCAGUAAUGGUAUUGUACAGAUUGCCAGCCCGCGAUCAUUCCAUUGCCCUUUCAAUGUUUUCAAACCAAUGUACUCUCUGUAUGUUGUAUACUAGUGCUGUCCGGCUAUUUUUUUUUACUGCAGUUCUUGUUAGUGUUACUGCAUUCCAUUGCGUUGCGUUGCUUUGGGUUGGAUCAUGAUACUGGCAGCAUGCAGGCAUGCUGUCCUUGUGUCAUCUGAUUCUUUUCAAAGAGCAGUGAACAGUAAUUGUUUCAAAUGCUCCAUCGGU